GUCGACUACACAAACACAUCGCCGACUAGACGAUCGGAAACAGGUUCUUCGAAUGCACGCUAUUCGAUACAUGAGUGGCAGAAUGGUGACGAACACGUUUUUGAUCGUAGAACUGUUAGCUGUUUAGGAUCGUGACAAUUUGAAAUACACUUUCACACCAUCGCGCGUCUCUCGCUUGUGCAAGUAGAUUGUUCAUUACGCGCUCGUCAUAUUUAUUCAUCUAACGCGAGUAUAUUUUAUUAUGUUAUUCGAACCGUGUGCUUCCGCUGUACCUAAUCAUUUUAUUUCAGUCUAAAUUUUUUUUUUUUUGGUAAAAUUUUUGCUGUAGCGAUGGGUACGUUUCACUGGUAUUUUAUAUCGUUGUGCGUGUUUACGCGUUGUUUUGCGCUAGUUCCCGAAGGAGCGAGGAAAAUGGACUCGUCAUAUUGUUACAAAAAAGGCGCCGGUGGAGGUGUUAAUCAAAUGAAUAAAAUCGUCGUAGGUUGGACUUGCGAACAGUCGUCUGGAAAAUGUUUGCGUAACUUGGCUGCAAAUGUCUCGCAGAACGAGUGUUUGUAUUCGUUGAACGUAUGUAAACUAAUUUGCGAUCGUUUUGGUUCGUUGUGGCCUUUGCCUACGAAGAACCUCGUCAUCGCGGACGAUUUAGUUGCCGUCCAUAGUGGCAAAAUAUCGUUCAAACUCGAUAUUCCGAGACGUUCGAAUCAAUUAUGGAACAUGUUGGAAGAGCUUCAACAGUACUUCUUGCAGGCUAUAUUACGUCCGUCGUCGAAGGUGGAAAAUGCCGGUUCGGAAUUGAGUAUAGUUUUGAAAGUGAAAAAUGAGAAAGACCUCGCGUUCACUUACGACACGGCCGAAAAAUACAAUUUAUCCGUAUUUGUAGAAUCUAAAAAUACCGAACGUCGAGUGGUAGCGGUCAUCGAAGGUGAUAAUUAUUUCGGCGUCAGACACGGAAUCGAAACGCUAUCCCAACUCGUCGUGUACGAUGAUUUUUCAAACCAAGUAUUGAUACCGGCCCAAGUGGAAAUAUCGGACGAGCCGGCAUUCAAGCACAGAGGAAUUUUGCUGGAUACGUCGCGUAGUUUCUAUUCGGUGAAAUCGAUCAAGAAAACGCUAGACGCUAUGGCUCAAAAUAAACUCAAUACUUUCCAUUGGCAUAUAACCGAUAGCCAUAGCUUCCCGUUCGAAUCUAAAACGUAUCCUCAGAUGAGCGCGAUUGGCGCGUAUUCGCCGUCUCAGGUUUAUUCGUGGUCAGACGUGAAAGAGAUCGUGAAAUACGGAAAAAUUCGCGGAAUUCGAGUGAUCCCCGAACUGGACGCUCCGUCGCACGUUGGCGAAGGAUGGCAGCUUUUCGAUUCGACGCCGCCGCCGCGCCAAACCAAGAACAACGUCAGCGCCAGCGUCAGCAACGUGCUGCUGUGUUUCAAAGCCGAACCUUGGAGGCAGUAUUGCGUAGAACCACCUUGCGGUCUACUCAAUCCGCUCGAUCCACGAGUCUACCAAAUACUUGGCGAUCUUUACGCCGAAUUCAAUACUUUGUUCGAAUCGGACGUUUUUCACAUGGGUGGCGACGAAGUGUCGCCGUACUGUUGGCGAAAUACACCGUCUAUCGUCGAAACGAUGCCGAAACGAGCCUCGAACACGAACGAACCGCAGCAGCAGCACGAUCAAGCGAAAAGCGAUCACGAGAACGCGAGCAACGACGAUUUCUUCAUCGAAUUGUGGAGUCAUUUUCAAAACAGAGCCGUCGAGCAAUUCGACAAAACGGCCAAAAUCAAAAACACCAGAAUCAUACUGUGGACCAGUUCUCUAACGGAAACCUCCAACGUAACCCGAUACCUGGAUAAGGAUAGAUACAUUAUUCAAAUUUGGACCACCAUCGGCGAUAAACAGAUUGGUCAUUUGCUGAGUAACGGAUACGACUUGAUUUUGUCCAAUUACGACGCAUUAUAUUUCGACUGCGGAUUUGGCGCUUGGAUCGGCGAAGGCAAUAACUGGUGUUCGCCUUACAUCGGAUGGCAAAAAGUCUACAUGAACGAUCCGACCAAUGUUCUACGGUACGCUAAUCUAUCGUCCAAUUACGGUCGACAAAUUCUCGGCGCUGAAGCUACGCUGUGGUCCGAGCAAUCGGACGAUAGCACUUUGGAUAAUCGUUUGUGGCCGAGGGCCAGCGCGCUAGCCGAACGUUUGUGGACGAAUCCUACAUCAGACUGGAGAUCCGCCGAAGCCAGAAUUCUAACGCAAAGGCAAAGGAUGUUGAAUCGAGGUAUCGCCGCUGAUCUCAUCGAACCGUUGUGGUGUCAUCAGAACGAGGCAUUAUGCUAUUGAGAAGUGUUUUUCGGUUCGUUUGUGCGAGUACCAGCACCAGAUGUAUACUCGUCGUCGGUGACUGGUGAGUAUAGACUUAUACAUAUUAUUGAUACCUACACGUGUAUGUAUAUUACAUGUAAAUUCCAUGUACAAUAUAUUAUUGGUAGGUAUUAAGUACGUAGUAUGGUAGUUACAAUGUGUGCAGACUGUACCUACCGGUGCUAAUACUUACUUGGGUAUCAUUAAACGAUUAACGAGUAAGGUAUCUGAGUAGGUAUUUUCAUGAUCGGCGAGCUUGUACGAUACCUCAAUCAAUUAAAGAAGUCAGCCUCGUCCUACCCAUCGUGUACAUACGUACGUUAUAAUAAAUUUUUCGAAUUAUGGAACCCGUACCUAUGUUUAUUUUAUAAUAAAACUUGAGCAUUAUA